AUGGGAAAGGAUAACGAAGUAGGUAUGGGAUCGACCGGCAACAACGCUCAGGAGUGGUCUUCCACGUACCCGUACGGAUCUGCCAGCCGCUGCCAGAAGCAUACUGAACCAUUCCGCAAUAUAGCUCUUGAAAUGAAGUCCACAUCGAAUGAAGAUGUGUUGGAAGACGGAGAGGUGUACAUUAGUGAAGAUCAUAACGAGGAAUACUCAUUGAGCUGGGUAAAGGUUGCUCUUGCUUUAAUUCCUUUGGCCACACCGUCUGCUGUAAGCAUUGCAUUGACCUUUGGCUUGGCGGUUAUUCCACUGGCUUUCAUAGGCUCUGUGUUGGGUGACAAAGCUCUUACUGGUGCUUCUGUGGGAUAUUUUAUUAUUUCGAUUGUUGCUCAGUAUCCACUCUGUGGCCUGACCUUUGCGAUGGACGCGUUUUGUUCACAAGCAUAUGGCAGAGAUCCAGAGAGUGACGAACAAGGGGUUAUCCUUCAACGGGGAGUGCUGGUAGGUAUUGUGUUUGUGGUGCCUGUGAACAUUCUUCUUCUUCUGUGUCAGCAGAUUUUGCCGACAAUAUACGGAGAGGAGAUUGGUGCGGUUGCGUGUGACUUUAUGAAAUUUGGGUUUUUAUUCAUUAUUCCAUUGGUGACGUUCACUGCGUUUUCGAAGUUCUGUCUCAAUCAGCUUAAACCGCAGUUGCCGAUGACUGCUCUUAUAGUGGGUAUUAUUGUCACCCCUUUGACUCAAUACUUACUUGUGAAACGAGGCGUCCAUGGCUCCAUGCUAGGAAUGGUUUUGUCUGCUUGGACACAGCUUCUGGUGAUUGUGUGUUUGACAUUGUGGGUGGAGCCAACUCGCCGAACCUUUGGAAAAAUCCGUAUAAGGGAAGUAUUAGACUGGGAUGAAUUAAAGGAGUAUAUUCUUCUUGCACUUCCCAGUUCUCUUUUCGUCGCUGCGGAGGCGUCAGCCUUUGAUGUUGCUGUGCUACUUGCAGCCACCUUGGGUACUGCGGAGGGGGCCGCAUUCUCUGCGACCCUCAACUGCCUUUUGAUUUUUGUUUCGCUUGCCGGAGGUAUGAGUACCGCGGCGUGCGCUAAAAUCGGAGCGAGCCUGGGUGCGCAGCUUCCGCGGUGCGCAUGGCAACAUGUUGUUGUUGCUGUUGCCUGUGCUCUUGCCGUCUCUUCAUUAAACGGUAUAAUUAUGUUUGUGCUGUUUGAUCCAAUUCUCAGCCUGUUUGGAGUGGGAGAGGCUUCACUGGCGGCAGCCCACACGGUGCGUUGGGUGGUUCCGCUUACUCAUGUGGCUGACAGUGCACAGUAUGUUUUUCAAGGGGUCUUUAGCGGGAUGGGACACAAUAAAGAUGGGGCACGAAUUUUGAUUACAUGUUUGUGGGCCAUUGGGUUUCCAUUAGAGUUGCUGUUCACUUAUGCAUUUGGCUGGGGCAUUUCUGGGAUUCUUGGUGGGCUGACGAUUGGACUACUCCUGGAAUCGCCAGCAAUGCUUUGGUACGUGAGGAAUGUAGAUUGGGAGCAGCUGGCCAAAGAAGCAAGUGGUUACUCUGAAUGUGUGCAGCUGGAAGAGGACCCGAGAGUGAUGGACCUGGAAAACCUGUGA